CCAUGCGCACCGCCCUGCUGCUGCUCGCCCUGGUCGCCCUGCCCGCCCGCACCGCCCGCCCCAAGCUCGCCCUGCCCAUCCGGCCCGACAGCGAGCCGCUGCCCCCCGGGGGGGCGGCAGGUUGUGCCUUCGGGGGGCGUUUCUAUGCGCUGGAGGAGACGUGGCACCCCGACCUGGGGGAGCCCUUCGGGGUGAUGCGCUGUGUGAUCUGCCAUUGCGAGACGCAGAGGAAUCGCCGGGGGAAACCAGCGGGGAAAGUGAACUGCAAGAACAUGAAGCAGGAUUGCCCCGUGCCCACCUGCCCCCGUGCCACGCUGCUGCCCGGGCACUGCUGCCACACCUGUCCCAAAGCCUUGCCAGGACCCCCAGAGAGGAGCUCCGAGCCGCCUUUCGACACCUUUGAGUACUUCCAGGACAAGGAGGAUGAGCUGGACAAGCCGUACAACGACCGCUCCUACCUCAGCUCCGAGGGUUUGGCACGUGACGAUGCCCGCACAGAAUUUGUGGCCCUGCUGACGAGCGGCCCUGAGCCAUGGCACCCCACGUCCAGUGCAGUGGCCAAGGCUCGCUUCACCCUGCUGCGCUCCUACCUGCUCUUCUCCAUCAGCUAUGAGCGGCUGGGCCGGCCGAGCCGGGUGCGUUUCAGCGACCCCGAGGGCACCGUGCUGUUCGAGCACCCAGUGCAGAAGAGCGCAGCCCCUGAGGACAGCAUGCUCUGCGGGAUGUGGAGGACGGUGUCCAAAGCCAACAUACAGCUGCUGCGUGCAGAGCAGCUCCGCGUGUCCCUCGUCACCCGUGCUCAGCCCUCCGGAGAGGUGCAUGGGCACAUCCUCAAGCACCGCGCACUCUUUGCAGAGACAUUUGGUGCCAUCCUGACCUCAUCGGACCCUGCGCACCUUGGGGCUGGGGGCAUGGCCAUGCUGACACUGAGCGACACCGAGAACAACCUGCACUUCAUCCUCAUGGCCCGUGGGCUGCUGGAGCCAGGUGCCGGGGAGUCCCCUUGGGUACCACUGCGGGUCCGCAUCCUGCACCAGGGCCGGACACUGCGCGAGGUCCAUGCCAACAUCACUAUGGAGGACCCCGACUUCGCGGAGGUGCUGAGCGACCUGUCUGCCCAUGAGCUGCAGUGGUUGGCGCAGGGGCAGCUCCGCAUCGUGGCUGACACCGAGGGCCGGCACCCGCGCCAGUUGGAGGGCACCAUUACCACCCGCCGCAGCUGUGACACCAUCCAAAGCGUGCUGUGUGGCGCAGAUGCAUUGCAGCCCACCAAGACAGGGGCGGUGGGCUCAGCCAAGCUGGCGCUGCAUGAGAACGGCACGCUGGAAUACCAGGUGCGGGUGGUGGGCACGGCCAGCGAGGUGGUGGGUGUCACACUGGAGACCAAACCGCGGCGGAAGAACAAGAGGAACGUCCUUUUCGACAUGACACCCAGCUAUAGGGACGGGCUGGCUCAGGGAGUGUGGCACAGCCCCAGCGCCCGCGAUGCACACAUGCUGCUGCAGAACGAGCUCUUCCUCAACGUGGCCACCAAGGACUGGGCAGAGGGCGAGCUGCGGGGCCAGGUCAUCUCCCUGCCCUACAGCGGGCUCCUGGCGCGCUACACAGAGAUGCCGGUGCCACUGGCGGGGCAGCUGGUGUCCCCCCCAGUGAACAGCGGGGCCGGGGGCCACGCGUGGCUGUCGCUGGACGAGCACUGCCACCUGCACUAUGAGAUCGCGGUGGCGGGGCUGGGCCGCCCAGCCGAUGGCACAGUCAGUGCACAGCUGCACGGCGUGGCCGAGCUGGGUGAGAUGGGUGCACGGCCACACCUGCACAAGCGGAUGCUCAAGGGGUUCUAUGGCACUGAGGCUCAGGGAGUGGUAAAGGACCUGGAUGCUGAGCUGCUGCAGCACCUGGCACAGGGCACCGCGUUCUUGCAAGUCAGCACCAAAGCGCACCCACGUGGGGAGAUGCGGGGAUGGGUGCACAUCCCCAACCGCUGCCAGGCAGGGGGGGGCCGCCUGUCCACUGGGGAGGCCGAGCUCUCUGAGGGCCCGAAGGGCAGGGACCUGGAGCAGCUGAAGAAGGACCCCAACUCCUGCUUCUUUGAGGGGCAGCACCGCGCGCAUGGCACCCGCUGGGCACCUGACUAUGACAAGAAGUGCUCCAUCUGCAGCUGCCAGAAGCGCACGGUGAUCUGCGACCCCAUCCUGUGCCAGCCCCUCAACUGUACCCGCCAAGUGCACCCCGAGGAGCUGUGUUGCCCCAUCUGUGAAGAGAAGAAGACAGAGCAGGAGGAGCUGAAGCUGGAACGGGCACGGGACAGCAGCGAGGGCUGCUACUUCGAUGGGGACAAGACGUGGCGAGGCUCUGGCACCCGCUGGCACCCUGUUGUGCCUCCCUUCGGCCUCAUCAAAUGUGCCAUCUGCACCUGCAAGGGCACCACGGGUGAAGUGCACUGCGAGAAGGUGCAGUGCCCGCGCCUCACCUGUGCCAACCCGGUGCGCGCCAGCCCCUCCGACUGCUGCAAGCAGUGCCCAGCCCCUGAGAAGAGCGUCCCCGAGCUGGCCGAUGGCAUGCAGGCGGAUGGACCCCGUGCGUGCCGCUUUGGGCGCCGCUGGUACCUCAACAACGAGAGCUGGCACCCCUCGGUGCCGCCCUUUGGAGAGAUGAAGUGCAUCCUGUGCUGGUGUGUGUCGGGAGAGACGCAUUGCCAGCGCCAGGAGUGCCCACCAGGUGCCUGUGCCAACCCCACCAGGAGGGACAACCCCUGCUGUGCCAAGUGCCGCGCCCCAGAUGCACCCCCAGAAAAGAUACACGAAGCCACAGCAGAGGCAUGGAGCCACUGAGCAGUGAGUGCAGCUCAAGAGCGCCGUGAUGCUGGGUGGCCCUACGGAGCCCCAUCGCCCCCUCCAGGGCUGGGCACAGGACACAGAGGAGCAGGGACGGGGAAGGCACCCCCUCUGGGCACUGCCACAGUGCCAGGCCACCCUGGUAGCCAGCAGCAGGGCUGGGGGAGUCCCACACCACCAGAGUUGGGCGACCCCACACCCUCCCCCUGUGAGCUCCCGGCUGGUGGGCGCAGCAGGCACCGUGCCCGCCUUGUAAAUAGUGUAAAAUCCCUCUCACCCCCGUCUCGCUGUGCCCGCCCCACCUCGGCUGGACUCAGUGUGUAAUUUAUAGGGACGGGGGUCCCGAUGUAUUUAUUAAAGACAGAGAUAUUGCCCAC